AUAAAUGACGGAUUACUUGGAGUAGGGGUCGAGUUUUAGCGAUAAUAUCUACGGUCCAUUUUCCUCCCUACUUCUGUAUAAAAUCUGCAACUCCCGAUCUUACCUUUCCUUCGUACUUGUAUUUCUUACAUCUUACCUAACAUUUUCUUUUCUCUGUAAUUCUUCGAUUUUCUUCGUUUUGAACCCAGAGUAAUCAUGUCUUGCUACAAGGGAAAGUACGCUGACGAACUUAUUGCCAAUGCUGCAUACAUUGGUAGCCCUGGAAAGGGUAUACUUGCCGCUGAUGAGUCUACUGGCACAAUUGGCAAGCGACUAGCUAGCAUCAAUGUUGAGAAUGUUGAGACCAACCGAAGGGCUCUACGCGAGCUUCUCUUCACCGCUCCUGGUGUUCUUCAAUACCUGAGUGGAGUUAUCCUUUUUGAGGAAACUCUAUACCAGAAGACUGCUGCAGGUAAACCUUUUGUCGAUGUCUUGAAAGAGGGUGGUGUCCUCCCCGGAAUUAAGGUCGAUAAGGGUACUGUUGAGCUUGCGGGAACCAAUGGUGAGACCACCACUCAAGGUCUCGAUGGCCUUGCCCAACGUUGCCAGCAGUAUUAUAAAGCAGGUGCUAGAUUUGCUAAAUGGAGAGCUGUGCUCAAUAUUGGUGCCAAUGAACCAUCACAGCUCGCUAUCAAUGAAAAUGCCAAUGGUUUAGCACGUUAUGCAAUCAUAUGCCAAGAAAAUGGUCUUGUCCCCAUAGUUGAGCCUGAGAUCCUUGUUGAUGGUUCUCAUGACAUUAACAAGUGCGCUGAUGUGACCGAGCGUGUUCUUGCUGUUGUCUACAAGGCACUCAAUGACCACCACGUCCUCCUUGAGGGAACUUUGUUGAAACCAAACAUGGUGACUCCGGGGUCCAGUUCACCCAAGGUUGCACCAGAAGUGAUUGCUGAGCACACUGUCCGUGCCUUGCAACGUACAAUGCCUCCUGCAGUUCCUGCCGUGGUGUUUUUGUCUGGUGGACAGAGUGAGGAGGAGGCCACGCUGAACCUUAAUGCCAUGAACAAACUGAAGACCAAGAAGCCAUGGACCCUCUCCUUCUCAUUUGGACGUGCUCUCCAGCAGAGCACACUCAAGGCUUGGGCGGGGAAGGAUGAAAACAUCAAGAAGGCGCAGGAUGCUUUGCUUACAAGGUGCAAGGCCAACUCGGAAGCAACCCUGGGAACUUACCAGGGUGGUGGUGCAUUGAGCGAGGGUGCCUCCGAAAGCCUUCACGUCGAUAACUACAAGUACUAGUGGACUCUUUGCUUCCUUGGAUUUUCUACUUAAUUGUUGAGAAAGUGAUAGGCGAAUAGCCUUCAGCCGGGUUCUCAAUUUUCUUAUUACACUAUCUAUAUUUUCUAGCCUCGUUUUAAUAAGCUUUAGAAACACCAAAAUGUUGAGAUUUGAUGGCAUUGUACCAAUGACAGGUCUCUUUGCAUUUGCUGCUGUUGGCUGUUUUUAGGCAGCUUGCUGUUUUUGUUUAUUGGGCCUCUUUGGCUUUAUUGGACUUUAUUCUUCCUUUGUUCGGCCUGUUUCUUUGAGUAUCUCUUCUGUACUUGAUUA